AUGGACCCUCAUGACGCUCAAGAAUAUCUCACGAAUCUCGCCAACACCGCGGCCGACCAGUUUCAAAAAAUCCCCGGGUCAGCCAUCUUUCUACGCUAUGUGAAGUCCAGUUACCAGAACGACCCGAUCCGGUCUGCCGUCGAACUUUUCCUUGUGCUGUUCGCAAUCCGGUAUCUUCUAGCUCCGAAAUAUUCAACGAAGCAGAAUUAUGUGAAAUUGUCGGACGAGGAGAUCGAUGACCUAGUGGAUGAAUGGACGCCAGAGCCCUUGGUUGGGAAGACCACAUCCUUUGAAGAUGCUGAAUUGGAGAGGCGUCCCAUCAUUGUCGGACCGAGCGGACCGCGGUCCAGAUUGACCAACGGCCGAACGGUGACAAAUCUGGCCUCGUACAACUUCUACAACUUUGUCUCGAACGAAAAUCUCAAAGAGCGGGCGAUUCAGACAUUGCGGACUUAUGGAGUCGGUCCCUGCGGCCCGCCCGGGUUCUACGGCACCCAAGACGUGCACAUGAAGAUCGAGGCGGACAUUGCGGCCUUCCUUGGUACCACGGCGUGCAUCAUCUAUGCUCAAGCAUUCUCCACCAUAUCCAGUGUCAUUCCCGCUUUCUCAAAGAGGGGGGAUAUCAUUGUGGCCGAUAAAGCUGUGAAUUAUGCCAUCCGAAAGGGAAUACAGAUUUCUAGGAGUGCAGUCAGAUGGUAUGAACACAAUGACAUGGAGGACUUGCAGAGGGUGCUCGCAAAGGUCACCAAAGAACAAGCCAAGAAGCCGUUGACGAGACGGUUUAUCAUUACCGAGGGCUUGUUCGAAAACGUCGGCGAUAUGGUUGAUUUGCCAAAGAUUAUUGAGUUGAAGCUCAAAUACAAGUUCCGACUGAUUCUCGAUGAGACGUGGUCGUUUGGCGUCUUAGGCCGAACCGGUCGAGGCGUGACAGAACACCAACACGUUGACGCAGCGGAGGUGGACAUGAUUGUCGGCUCCAUGGCAGGACCUCUGUCGGCCGCAGGAGGCUUCUGUGCAGGUUCAGACGAAGUUGUGGAGCACCAGCGAUUAUCGGCGGCCUCGUAUACCUUCUCGGCAGCACUACCCGCCAUGUCUGCCGUGACGGCAAGCGAGACAUUGAUGAUGUUGCAGACUCAGCCAGACCUGUUUGCUCAAUUGAAGGAGAACAUCAAGGCGAUGUGGCAGCAACUCGACCCGAGAAGCGACUGGAUGCACUGUAGCAGCGCGCCGGAGAACCCAAUCAUGAUGCUAGUGCUGAAGCCGGAGGUGGUAUCGUCGCGGAGGUUGACGAUCGAGGACCAACAGCAGUUGCUGCAGGAUAUUGUAGAGGAGUGCCUGUCACAAAACGUCCUUAUCACCCGUGUCAAGACACUCCCCGCCAGCCCCUCGGGUGCCAAAAGUGACAUUUACGCGCCUUCCCCCGCCCUCAAAGUCUGUUUGACGGUUGGCUUGACCAAGAAAGAAAUCGAGAAGGCGGGCAUCACGAUUCGGCACGCGAUUACGAAGAUCCUCACGCGGAAACGGUGA